UAGCCCGUUGCUCUUCAAUGAACCAUUAACAACACCAGACAUCGGUUUCGACAAAUUAGCCAUUUAUCCCAACGGACCCCUCUAAUUGAAAACGACCCCAAUUUCUUCAUCAGAAGAAGAACAAGAUCUGAUUCUUUUUAUUGAGACAGCAAAUGUUGUUCGAGAUCUGAGGAAUUUGCAGAGCUUUUGAGGAAGAAGGAAAGAAAAGAAUGGGGAGCAAAUGGAGGAAGGCGAAGAUGGCUCUCGGAUUGAAUAUGUGUCUCUACGUUCCCAAAACGCGAGAAGAAGAAGAGGAAGAGCCGGCUUCAGCUCCGCCGCCGCCCGCCGCCAGGGUUUCCGAUGCGGUUUGGCUCUCACCCGACCCGACCCAGAGCUCCGAUUCGCGGGUCUCCAUGCCCACCACCCCUACCCCCUCCUCCUCCGGCCUCCGUUUGUCCAAACACGGCGCUAAAUCUUCUAAGAGGACGUGUGCAAUAUGCUUGAAAAGUAUGAAACCAGGGCAAGGGCAUGCCAUUUUCACUGCAGAGUGCUCUCACUCCUUCCAUUUCCAGUGCAUAACCUCCAAUGUGAGGCAUGGAAACCAGAUCUGCCCGGUUUGCAGAGCGAAAUGGAAAGAGAUCCCUUUCCAGACCUCUCCCCUGCCGGAGAUUUCCCUUGAAAGAGCGAGGACCAAUCCUCCUCGCUCCUAUUGGCCCCAUUAUGAUGCUCUGCUCACCUCACUCAGGCGUUCGUCUUCCCAUCUUGAAUCCUCAAAUGCACGCAAUUCGUCGCCGCUCCCUCUCGUGGACCCCACGAGCGUCUUUGAUGAUGAUGAGCUUGUCGACCCGGAACUGUUAUUGCGUGCUGAUGUGGCGAGUGCGCCCCCUCAUUCUAUGGGCAUGUUAGGUGUCACGACAUAUCCGGAGUUACCCGACGUCUCACAAUCGGCGGUUCAUAAGGAUUUUGCUGUUCUGAUUCAUCUCAAAGCCCCGCGGGCCGAAGGGCACCCGAAUUCCCAGGGCGACUGUCUGGUGACUCGGAAUUCCCGGGCCCCGGUCGAUCUCGUUACUGUUCUUGACGUUAGCGGCAGCAUGGCGGGCACCAAGCUCGCUUUGCUGAAACGUGCGAUGGGGUUUGUGAUCCAACACCUCGGCCCGUCUGAUAGGCUCUCGGUCAUUGCGUUCUCCUCGUCCGCCCGACGCCUCUUUCCCCUCCUCAAGAUGACCGAUUCAGGCAGGCGCGAAGCGUUACAAGCUGUGAACUCCCUCACUUGCAACGGCGGGACCAACAUUGCCGAUGCCCUAAUGAAGGGCGCCCAGGUCAUGACGAACCGAAGGUCAAAGAACCCGGUCAACAGUAUAAUACUUCUCUCUGACGGGCAGGACACCUACACCCUCAACAACCCCUACGGAACCAAUUCCGACACGGGCUACCAGUCUUUACUCCCGGCCUCGAUGCGACGCGGAUCGGGCGCUCUUCACAUUCCGGUCCACACGUUCGGGUUCGGCUCCGACCAUGACGCCAUUGCCAUGCACUCCAUCUCGGAAAGUUCAGGAGGAACGUUUUCUUUCAUAGAAGCGGAAGGAGUGAUACAAGACGCCUUUGCCCAAUGCAUCGGCGGGCUUCUGAGCGUCGUGGUUCAGGAUCUCCAUAUGGAAGUCGAAUGCGAGGACCCCACAUUGGAACUCCGGUCGAUAAUAUCCGGAAGCUACAAAAAUUCAUUGAAACAUAACAGAAGGGGAGGCAUUAUAGAGGUUGGCGAUUUGUACGCCGAAGAGGAAAGGGAUUUUCUGGUGACAUUAGACAUACCCGUCGCGAGGAGGGACGCGAUGGACCUCCUGAGGAUGAAGUGCAUUUACAAGGACCCGGUUUCAAAGAACGCGGUGACAAUGGACGAGGCUUCUUUCGUCACAAUCGGGCGGCCGGUCUCGGCGGAACAAAAGGAGGUGUCGAUGGAGGUGGAUAAGCAACGGAACCGACUCCGGGCUGCGGAGGCCAUGGCGGCAGCCAAGGCGGCGGCAGAUCGCGGGGAGUUGGCGGUGGCGGUGGGGGUGGUGGAGCACGCGAGAAAGCAUCUGGCGGAGACGGCGUCAGCCCGGGCAGGGGACAGGCUGUGCGUCGGGCUGGACGCAGAGCUGAGGGAAAUGCAAGUGAGGAUGGCGAACCGCCCGACUUACGAAGCGUCGGGAAGGGCCUACGUGCUGUCGGGGUUGAGUUCGCACUCGUGGCAGAGGGCGACGGCGAGGGGCGACUCCACGGAGAGCACCAGUCUUGUGUUGGCUUACAAGACGCCGUAUAUGGUUCAAAUGAUCAACCGGUCACAGAAUAUGGCUUCAGGCAGCUCGCAGCCGUCGCUCCGGCAGGCGCGUUCGUUUCCUUCGCCGCCUCGACCGAGGUGAUGAUGGUCCCAUGGUGCCCUUCUCGUGGUAGCUCACGUUGUUUCAUUGCUUUAUAAAACUUUUCAUUUGUU